AUGGCAAUCUGGACUUCUCAGCGUUACAUGGAUAUCUUGAGUCAUUGCCAAAGCACCUGCAGGGACCGUUAUCUGCCAGUAUACCUAGUGGUAGAGGAUAUCAGGCUAAUUGCAUUGCAUGAAGGUGAGAGCAGGAAAAUUAUUAGCAUGGAGGAUUGA